AUGGCCUCAUCCCCGCCCCCAUCUCCCAUCCCAUCCCCCGUAAUCCCCCCGCCUCCCAUCAUGCCAGCUCCCACCAAACGCGUCCAUUUCGACAUCCCCCCGACCCCAUCCCCCACGCUCAGCAAUGGGUCCUUGGAAUCCUCCGUCGGACCCACCACCCCACCCCAACACUUCUACUCCCCAUACGCCUCAUCCAAACAGCAGGUGUACCACCCCGAAUCUCCUGUCCCAUUCGGCUUCCUCCCGUACGCUGCAGGCCAAGUGUGCAUACAUCCCAUCCUCGUCGCGCCAUACACCACCCUCGUCUGGGACAUGAUGUAUCCCCCUUCCACGGCGCACGCCCCAGGACCACUCCCCAAGCUCCUCGCUGAGCCCGCCACGCACCCCGGCCUGCCCUCGCUUACCCUCAUCUGCGACCUUCUCCCUUGGUCCAUCACCGUCAUGCCCGUCGACCCAGCGAGCUCCGUCGUCACCGUCUCGGACGUCCUCCGCGCGCUCUUCCGCAGCCUCCGCCUGUCCGUCUCUGCCGCCGAGCUCUCCUUCCUCCCCAAAGAGGGCCAGCUGCGCGUGCACAAAGCGUUUCACGUGCGCCACAAGAGCAUCUCAGACGACCAGCGCCGCGCAGAGGAACGCGCAAAGGGGGUCAAGCGCGUCGACUUUCUCAUGGAGGCGCGUCGGUUUGCGGGGCUCUCCAUGGUCGUGGGCGGACCUGCCCUCCAGUCGCGUGGACUUGGGGAAGUCUGGGCGGUCCAUCUCGCGCUGGCCGAUCUCGACGACGACGGCCGUGGCGCCGACAAGUGCUGCCCCGGCGGCGACGGUCUCGACGACGACGAUAGCAAUGUGUAA